AUGCAUAAAUUACUGGCUAAUUUCAAUGAAUUUUCAUCAAAAUUGCGGUCGAAUACCUUGCAAGUAACCAAUGAUUCAGUCAGUGGUAAUCAUUAUCUUAUCAAUGAUGAUAACGAUCCAAAAGCUUCAAUACAAGUUAAACGAUAUCGUCUACUAAAGGAUUACAAUGGAAGUUGGUGUUAUGAUGAUUAUUAUAUUCUGCAUCUUGAUUCCUGA